GCAGAGCCAAGUGAGAGCCUCGAGCGCCGCGGCGGGUCACGAGGAGAGACGAUGGCGUUGCCGUGGCUGCUGCUCGCGGAGCUGGCGCUGUACGCGAGCUGCUUCGUCUGCGGGAUCGUGACCGCAGCCUCGCUCACCAUCAACCAGGGUAACUUCGGAGGCCUGUGUAUGCUAUAUGGGACAGUUGCCUACAAUACGACGGCAGGCGCCAUCACAACCAAGUCGUCCAGUUCAGCGUCUCUGUGUUAUUUUGUGUCGGCUGUAUCCGUCAUGGUGGCAGUGGUGUGUUUCUCACUGUCACUCUAUUGGUUGUACACCUGCUGUGUUGAUGGGCAGAUCCACAGGGAGCGCGUGUGGAUGAACCUGACGCUGGGCCUGUGUGCCGUCUUCCUCUUCUUCCUGCUCAUCACGGGUUGCAUGCUGAAGAUCGGACGUGACUCCCUCUGCAGCUCCGUCACGCAAGCCGUUCCCAACAUCACUAGGUGUGAGGAGGCUCAGUCUAAAACAUGGGCCAGUCCUGUUGAUGGAGUCAAGUUCUACACCAGCCUCCACAAAGCAGAGACGGCAGUGUGGGUGAACUUUUUCUUCUGGCUCAUCAUUGCGGUGCUGGUGUCCAUUCAGAAGAAACAGAACUCGGGGUUUAAGAUGGUGGACAUGUUUGGGGGAGCAUUGGCUGGAGGCGACAGCAGUCCAACAUCCGGAGAAACCGAGCCUUUCUUCAACCGCCCUGCGAGGCCACAGUGAGCAGUAUCACAGAGAGAGAGAGAGAGAUUCCUGAAAGUGCUUACAAAUAGUUUACGGUGAUGUUUAUCAUUUUAAAUGUUGUGGAAAAGGCAGAUGUACGUAUUUAUCUUAAAAUCUGUGGCAACUGUGUAGAUAUGUGGGUCAGUUGGCGCGCAAUGUGAAUGCAUUUCCCUGUUUGGUAAAUCGGUUGAAUUUCAUUGGUGUGGGUGGCAGACAGCAGCGCCUUGUGCUCAGUUAAAUUUCAUUACGUCCUAUUGCAGUUUACUGUCAGUCCACCUUAAACGUCCGUGAGAUUCACACACCCCAUUCUGGCCGAGCGCGGAUGGGUUUUCUUUUCCUUUACCCCGAGGGUGAGAUUGGCGGCCGUGUGUGCAGAACGCAACGCCCACGGCACCUCAUCUCACAAAAUUAAAUCCCUUUACAGCCCCUAUCUUGGUCGUUUUUGUUGAACUUAACUGACACCUGUGGUGAUGUGUGGUAAUUGUCGUGGCGUUUGAGUGCUCAACAUCUGAGAUCCUUCUUGAAUGAUGAUCGUCGGUGCCGUUGUGUCGGACAUGACGGAUUGUUAUGAUGUGACUCACGACUAUACAGUCUCGAGUCAGGAGGCGAGAGACUGGAGUCUUUCACCCUCGCACAGGCCGACGCUGAAAAUCAGUCACGGCGUCCAAAUUAAAUCAGACUUGAAAGUGUUGCAGUGUGGCCCUGGCGUUAGAGCCUCUUAGCCAUCUGGCUUUCAGAAAACGACGGCGCCGGUCAGAUUCCUUGCAUAUGCAAACUUGGUGAACAAUAAAACUCGUCUCGCGCUACGUAACAGGCAAAGUAAAGCAGCUUUUGGCCAGCACCCUCAGAGCGUCGGCACGCUGGCGGCGCGCAGCUCGAACACACCGGCCGUGUGCUGCAGAGCCAUCUCUCUAGAUGUGUGUUCACCAGUUUUCCUGCGUCCAAGCCGUCACACACUCAUGCAACAAAAGCGUUUUUGCCAGAUUUAUUUAAACAAAAACAAAAAACUCCUCUCUCCAUAAUCCCUCAUUCGCCCAAGUCAGUGCACCUGUUCCCAAUUUGCAGGCCUAUUCAUUCGCGCCACAACAUUCUGCUGCAAACAAUGCGUCCCCACAGUGCCAAGGACUUUGUGUGCCGAAGAGUGAAAAACACACAAAAACUCACUCGCACUCUUAACUUCCUCGGUGUAUCCUAGCCGUGCCUUCAGUGGGUGUUCAGAAACUGAAGUGGGCGUUCGCUUCGCCGCGGCGGCGGUCACGAUUUGGUCGUGCUCGCCGCUCACUUCCCACCUUUCAUGUGCAUUAACCUAAAGCCUCAUCGACUAUACUUUAUGUGUAUUGCAUUUUGUUUACACGGUAAAUAAAUGUGUUCAGUGCAGUCGUGAAUUCUGCAUCUCAUCAGCGCUCUGCAGAAACCUCUCCUCUCCAAACUUGUGUUAUUUUUUUACUGAGCGACACGCGACAUUGUGUCCCCACAUGCAACAGUUGUUGAGGCACUACACGAGUCAGUAAUGAUGCGUUGUACACCCCCCCCACCCCCCCUGCACACACACACUUAGUAGUCCCAAAUGACAUGCCCGCUGUCACCCACCACCUUCUGUCGGUCUCUCCAUGUGUGCGUCUCAUGGCAUCAGAUACACACUGUGUAACUACUGGGCAGAGGAUGAGAAUCGUGAUCAGGAACAGGAUGUGAUGUGUUGGUAAAUGAUGAGCGCACACCAAAAGGCUGCAUGUGUCGUGGUGUCAGCCAGACUUGGGUGUUUGUGCCAAGGCUACUGUAUUUUUUUUUUUCGUUUCUUUUUACAUCAAUAAACCAAAGAGUUUCAAUACACAACCUUGUUGGCUGCUGAUG